GGAGGGAGGACAAGGGUGAGGGACGUGCUUCUCCAUCACAGUUUUCGCAACACACUCCACGCCCUCUAUCUGGCCCUCAACGACAACUUUCUCCACGCCCUCUAUCUGGCUACCAACGAUCUCAACAAACUCUUUGAGACGCUGCGUUAUGGUAACUCUCGUCUGAAGAAGGUAGACGUCAUGCAUGAAGAGGACAGCAGCUGGCUGGUCUACCGACGCUGUCUGUACUGCUACAACGGAGAACCUGACGUCCAACUUGUGCAUCAAAAAAGCCUCACUUUUCCCGGUCAGGCAAACAACGUUCUCUUUCAAGAUCAGCUUCAAGACUUCAGUGGACACAAGUUCCGGGUGGGGACUGUGGCGUACUUCCCUUACAUUGACUACAAGAUGGACAGCAAUGAACCGGGUAGCAGAGUCACACUAAAGGACUCACUAGAUACAAGACUCCUCUCCACUUUCUCCACUAAAUUAAACUUCACUUACGAUAUUCGUGAGGACCCAGAGCGCUCCUGGGGAGUGUGGAACAACGGCGUCUUCAACGGGAUGAUUGGUCACCUUCAGCGUGAGGAAAUAGAUUUCUGUACGGAGUCAGCACCCACACCAGAGCGGCUCAUGACUGUGGAGUAUGCUAGAGGAUAUCCUUCAGACCUCAUGGUUGUGGCAUCACUAAAGCCUACACUUCUGCCUCAGUACCUCUCGUUCGUGAGGCCUUUUACAGGUGAGCUGUGGGUGGCACUUCUGGUAAGCGUAGUGGUGUGGAGCGUCAUCAUGUGGCUGUUGCUGAGAGCAUGGCAGUGGGUGGUAUCAGGACGUGAGGUCAAGUUUAAAACUGUUAUUAUGUUUGGUUGGGGAGUGCUGCUAGGGCAACCACCGCCUGAUCCUUCCACUAAUGUCUCCGGUCAAGUACUGGUUGGAUGGUGGCUGCUGUUCAGUCUGGUCGUCACUACUGGGUACAGUUCCUCUCUGGUCGCUCACCUUACGGUCCAGGGAACUUCCCCGCCUCUGGAGACCCUUCAAGACAUCCUUAAACAACACAACUGGAAGUGGGGCACAGAGAGCAGCCUAUACAAGGGAGCAGUUAUCGAGUAUUUCUCAAAGCACACCGACCCAGUGGUCAAGGAAAUAAACCAGAAAAUGGAGGUAUUGGACACCGAGAAAGCGUUGAAGAAGGUGCUGGUGGGUCAUUAUUCCUUGAUAGUGUUCAGGAGCUACGUCAGCGUCAUUGUUGCAUCUCGCUUCACAGACGCCCGCGGACACACGCCCUUCUUUAUCAGCAACAAAGGCAUUUAUGUCUUAGCCAACUUGGGCUGGUGCUUCAGGCGAGGCGCGCCAUUCUACUCUCGUUUUAGUAAGCUGAUGCUGCGACUGGAAGCAGCCGGCAUCACCAGCUACUGGACAGAAGACGUGAUAGCCAGACGUGUGAAGGACAAUAGGGAGGCUGCAGCACUUGACCCUCAGUUUGAUCUUGAACACACCUCAUCGAGAGGUGGUACUAGGCUGAACCACCUGCAGGGCGCCUUUUAUGUGCUACUUCUGGGUGUAGCAGUUGCCUUCCUCACCCUACAAGCAGAGAUCCUUGCCCAGUGGCGCUCCAUACCCCAGCAACGCCAAACCUCGGGUUAGAGUGAUGGAGCCGUGAGAUCCUAGCCAAGCUCACUACCGCUCCUGUCCUCGGUAACGCCUUUAAUAUCACAACUGUGGAAAUCUGAGCAAACAUGGACAUUACUAAACAAAAUGUUGAAGUCUUAACACAAUGAGCAUGAGCUUUGAUAACUGCAUCAGGCAGAAAAGAGGAAAUAAACAGGAAAUAUAUUGAUUAAUAUGAAAUGACUGGCCGGUAAAUGUAGCCAGCAAGGCACUGAAUAUAAGACAAUUUGAUUACAGAAAAUUAGGAUUUUUUUUUCUUAGACUACUGAUGUGUUCAUAUAUUUCAUAACAGCUGCCAAGAUUUAUAUCAGUUUCUGAAAGUGUUAAUGUACUUAAUAUUUUCGAAAAAAUAUAAUUCAACACGGUUAACAACGUUAUAAAAAUGCAAUAUGAUGUACGUAUUUGUACCCCAGGAAGAACUUGACUAAGUGAGGAUAGUCGUAUUAAAAUUUAAGUAUUAGCUAAUGUUAUUGUAUGGGAAAUCUAAUAUCCCGAAUAUAUUAAGUCAGUAUCAAACUUGCCUCCUUGCUGUUGCUUACUGCCAAAGUAAUAUUAAAGUCCUAAUUAACACAAAGCUAAACCUUCCCUUCAUUAAGUUAAAUGACUUCUCAAAUACUCUCUCGUUCUCAAAAUGAGACGAAACCAAAUAUUGUUUCAUUAUUUUUUAAACUGCACAACUACUCACACUCUAUACACUUUGAAAUAAUGAAGAAGGAAGUUCUCUUUUAUGUUUUAAUAGCACAGAAAAUUUAUUCUGACACUAAUAUACGAAAGAAUAUAGAAAAAAAUUGAUACAUAUUAAAAUAGCGAAAUAUGUUUAAACAAUGUAAAGACUAAAGCAAUUUUUGGACUGAGUGAAACUUGCGGACAGAGUUUCGUACACUUUAGGUCACCCGGAGGUAAAUAGGUACCUGUGAGUUAGUGGUAUGUUGUGAGUUGCAUUCUAGAAGUGAUAUACUACAUUAAGGUAAUCACAGUUCUUAAGUAAAAAUAAUUAUAUAAGCAAAAAUAAUUUUUUUUUACAAAGUCACAUUAUAUUUAAAUAGAUCAACAGUGAAAGCCAGUGCAAAGGAUUCUCGAAUUCUGCGGCUGCGCGCGUCUCUAACUGAAGUUUAUAUAUAUAUACAAUGAGAGGCUCUUGUGAACACUUUGCCAGGAACUGCUGCAGCUGACAGUCCUUGCUUUGUGUGGCUGCUUGUACCUGACUCUGCUGUAGCAAAAAAAUGUAAGACUCACCGACUACUCGAUAUACGUAAAACAAAAAGACCGACAUGAAGUCAUGUGAGAUAUGGGCCAGGCAGUGAGUGCUGUAUUACAAGCCAUCCCAGAGUGGAGAUGUUUACCUCUCGUCCUCAAAGAUGGCACAACCUCCUCCAUAACUAUUUUAAAGGAGCUGGACCAGCUGUGGGCUCUCUGGGGUGUGGGUCUGUUCGAAGUGGCAGGGAGCGAGAACGACGUAAACGCGACUCAAGUACAGCUCACCAGGGUGAUCGCCCAAGCUCGUCAGCUGCGCCUUAUCUCCUGGUGUGUGAUGGUAGUGGUAGUCAGCAGCAAGCAAGACUUCUUAGCAGCGUUCGCCGAAGUGUCUUUGAAGGGUCGCCUGAUAGUGUGGACGACAAGGCUGCUGCUGGUAACUCGCCUUACUCCUGAAGAGAGCAGGACCCUCCUAGCCUCCUACUGGACUUUUUCCAUGACAAACGCCAUAUUGAUGACUUCGGAAGGAGGGGACCUACCACUGAGAUACUUCAAGACAUUACUGUGAGUGAUUAACAUUUGCAAAUAUAAAUGAGCAGAAAUGAAUCUAAGAACGAAUAUUUCUUGCCAAAGUUCAGCUCUUAGUUCAUGGUUAAGCUUUCUUAGAGUGUAUUUCAUGAAGCUCUAAAUUUGCGUUAAUCAUUCAACGUAAAGUGGUGGAUGCUCUAUCCUCCAUGCAUUAAUCGCAUCCUGAUCCUUAUUCAGCCCAUUUCUCGCAAUUCUUUAGAGCACCCGAGAAUUUUUUUUUUGUAGAGUUGAAUAUUAUACGGUGUACAGAAUCUAAAGGAAUGCAAAAUUUAUUCACUAAAAAUAGUUGUCC